CCUUGCACAGACGAGUCGAUGAACAUAGGAAGUCCACCACAGACCGAAGAAUCGUUUGGACAUAGUCUCAAUGAAAAGACGUCAAAGAAGAUCAAGAAGAAGAAGGAGAGCAAAGUCGAUGAGGAAAUUAAACGCUUACGCGAAUCGACUAAGUUGGUGAUCCCUCGAAAGGCGUUUGAAAGAUAUGCUCGGGAAUUAUUACGUGAUUGUCGCAACGAUUUUCGAUUCCAACCCCUAGCAGUCGACGCUUUGCAGGAGGCCGCGGAAAACGUUUCAGUGCAACUGUUCGAAGACAGUCUGUUAUGCGCAAAUCAUCGCCAAAGAAAAACGUUGUGCAUCAAAGACAUGCACUUGGUAUCAAGUUUGAGCGGCUCGAAAAAAUAAACUCAUUACACUAAGAAACGAAUUUCAAUCCUCUGAAAGAGGAUUCGAGAAAGACACGAAAACCAAUGCCACCACCACCAAGCUAUCAAGCUUGCAUUAUGCCGACAUCAUUUAGCCAUCAAACCAACUCAUUACCACGGAUGCAUGAAGAGGAGAAACAUUUCACACUCGUUGUUUAUAAUUAUGAAGAUGAAAAGAUACCAUAUCGAUCAAAAAUACCGAAAAAUACCGACAAUUGGCAACCAAUUAACAUUGAAGCAAUACAAGGAACAUUUACCGAAGAAAGGAAAUUACAGAUUUUAUUUUAUUACCACUUGCGAUGACCCAGAGAGUCCAAUCAUUCAGGAGGAAGUGACCGACGAUAUGGACCUGCUACCAUUGCAUGAUGGCUACGUCAAGUCCAUCAAUUAAUCAUAAUUAAUGUUUCUAAGUUCAGCACAUUUAGAUAGUUUCAACGGUAUCCGUCGUUUUUCAUUGCAUGAUAAAAAAAAACUAAUUUAUUUGCAUUAAUAACAUGGUAAAACUAAAACAAUGUCCAAGCAAACGAACGACUGUUCCCCUU